AUGUUGCCUGUGAUCGAUGGAGUAGAGGAUGCCAAUAAAUUGUACGAAGAUCUGCUCGGUGACUACAAUAAGCUUGACCGCCCGGUCAGCAAUGUUAGCGAGACGCUGGUGGUCAGAUUUAAACUGAAACUGUCACAAUUACUCGAUGUGAGUUGGAAAGAUUACAAACUGCGAUGGAAUCCGGAUGAUUAUGGGGGCAUCAGCGCUUUAUACGUCCCAUCCGAACUCAUUUGGUUGCCAGAUAUUGUUCUCUACAACAACGCUGAUGGUAAUUAUCAAGUAUCAAUUAUGACCAAAGCAAAAAUUUCAUCAGAUGGAACUGUUGAAUGGUCACCACCAGCUUUCUACAAAAGCACUUGCCAAAUUGACGUUGAAUGGUUCCCAUUCGAUGAACAAACCUGCGAAAUGAAAUUUGGAUCUUGGACUUACGGUGGCUUGGAAGUGGAUUUACAACAUAAGGAUUCACAAAUUGCACGUGCGGAGACAGAAGUUGUGCUCGGAAUUGAUGGAGAGCACGAGGAAUUGGUUUGGGUUGUUGAUGAAGGUAUAGAUCUAAGUGAUUAUUAUCCGAGUGUGGAAUGGGAUAUCCUGGGCGUAGCAAGCAGACGUCACGAGAAAAAAUAUCCGUGCUGCAAAUCUCCGUUCAUUGAUCUUACCUACGAAUUAAGGCUACGUCGCAAAACACUCUUCUACACAGUUAACUUAAUUCUGCCCAUUGUGAGUAUCAAGUGA